ACAUCAUGUGCGAUUAGGGAGCAGUUUGUAGUUGCAAGCGUCAAUCGCAAUGAGUAAAGACAAAGUAAUUCUAGCUUACUCUGGUGGCUUAGACACCAGCUGCAUUUUAAAAUGGCUCCUGGAAAAGAACUACGAAGUAAUUUGUUACAUGGCUAACAUUGGCCAAGACGAAGAUUUUGAAGCAGCGCGACAGAAAGCUAAAAAACUUGGUGCUACAGACAUUGUGAUUGAUGACUUGCGGAAGCAAUUCGUUGAAGAAUACGUUUGGCCAGCUAUCCGCGCUGGUUUAAUCUAUGAAAAUCGCUACCUUUUAGGCACAUCUCUUGCUCGUCCCUGUAUUGCAGUUGGUCUUAUCGCUUGCGCCAAAAAACACGCAGCUAAAUACAUUUCCCACGGCGCUACAGGUAAAGGCAACGAUCAAAUCCGUUUCGAACUGUCAGCGUAUUACCUCUGUCCUGAAAUUCGUGUAAUUGCACCAUGGCGUGAUGCAGAAUUCUGCGCCAAAUUCCAAGGUCGUCAGGAUUUGCUGGAAUACGCUUCAAAGCAUGGUAUACCUGUUUCGGUCACACCUAAAGCCCCAUGGAGCAUGGAUGCCAACCUUAUGCAUAUCAGUUAUGAGUCCGGCAUCCUUGAAAACCCCAACACUGAACCACCGCAGGACUUGUUCAUGAUGACACAGAGUCCUGUCAAGAAUAAAUUGUUACAUCCGAUGAGAUUUACCAUUGAGUUUGACAGCGGAUGUCCAAAGUCACUUCAGUUUUCCUUUGAUAAAACAAUCACUGAUCCCUUGGAGAUGUUUUUGGAAUUGAAUCGACUCGGGGGACAAUAUGGUAUUGGACGAAUUGAUAUUGUUGAGAAUCGUUACGUUGGUUUGAAAUCUCGUGGUGUUUAUGAGACGCCCGCCGGAUAUAUACUGCAUGUGGCUCAGCAAGACCUCGAGGUGUUCUGUCUGGAUAAAGAAGUGUUUAGGGUAAAACAUCAAUUGAUGCUCAAAAUGGCCGACUACGUUUACAACGGUUUCUGGUUCUCGCCGGAGGGUAACUAUGUAGGCGAAUGCCUUAAAAUGGCGGCAAAAAAUGUAACUGGAAGUGUAAACAUUGAAAUUAUCCCAGGAUCGGUCAUUGUGUUGGGGCGGAAAUCAAAUUUUUCGACUUAUAAUGAAAACUUGGUAUCAAUGGAUAAACAUGAUGACUUCAGCCCACAGGAUGCUACAGGAUUCAUCAAUAUUCAAGCAAUCAGAUUGAAAGAAUACAAGCGUAAAAUGCAAAAUUGAAAUUCUAACCUUAAAGGUGGGCUAUGAUUUCUUCCCAAGCAAAUGUAACAUCUUCGUCAGUCAUGUUUUGAUUGACAAUAAACUGUAUACAAAAA